GACUGGUCGGAGCUGGAACUUGAGCUUCAGUUGAGUCGAGAGAGAUGAAGACUACCGAGACACGAUGUGAGAAGCUGGAGGGCAGAUUCCUGGAUUGUUACCUUCUGGAAUUGGUUAUACCUUGGUGCUGAGAGGGGAUGGGCGUUUCGUUGAAGCUGCUUGCCAGUACCAGCAUCGAGUCGGAGGGUCAGGAGCUACAGUCGGAUGGGGGAAGGCAGAAUGUCGAGCGCGGGGACGGCGGAGGUAGUAUUUUGGUGAGAUUGAUGGAAGUAGAGGAGUUGAAUGGUUCCGCACAGACAGAGCCGUCCUCGGCGGAACUACCGAGCACCCUCGAAGCCAGCAGUUCCAGCUCAGACAAUAGGGAGAGCUCCCCGGAGACAACUUCGACAUUGGAUGAAGCCGUCCGGCAUGUGAGCAGCAUUCAAGAAGUACAACUAUCGCCAGAUGGAACCACAAUCUUCACCACCUCCUACUCGCGCACCUUCUCCGCCUACGUUAUAGACGCCGACAUCCUCUCCACUCGGGAACCCCGCCCCCUCACUCCCUAUGCCUCCUUCUCAUCACUUGAUCCCAUCUGGGCGUUUGCCGCGCACCCCUCCUUCUCCCUCGAAGAUCCCAGCACCACCCUCGUCCUGGUUAGCAGACCAAACUCGUACAUAAAGCUGCACAAUGCGCUCUGGGACGUCUCCAAUAAAUCGAAUCCUGGCAAUGCACCUAGUACAACUCCCACGCCAAUCGACAUCUCUACCCCAAUCGCAAACUACAGACUGGUCAACCACCUCCGCGAAGAGGUCCUCGCGCCCUCGAGUCUCAUCUUCAACAACAGUGGCACACACUUCCUAGCCGGCCACAAAGACACAAUCUCCGUCUUCGACACGACACAUACCUAUGAACCCGUUCUCACCAUCCGCACGUCCCCCCAAGCGCACAACGCACUCCGUCUAAACGGCGCUGCAGGCUACAAAGGCGUCGUCACCAGCUUAGCCAUAGAACCUACAUCAGGCAUGCUCGCAGCAGGCACGCGAGCGCGGGCAGUAGGUCUGCACGACGCCGAGGGAAGCGGAGAGCAGAUCACGCAUCUCGUCUUGCCGACGUCGACCUCCUCUGGUCAACUGAGAUGGGGAGACCCUAGAGCGGAGGGACCGAGGCCUGGUGCGGGCGUUACGCAGCUGAAGUGGAGUCCCUGCGGUAAAUAUCUGUAUAUCGCAGAACGCAUGAGCGAUCACUUGUUCAUCUACGAUGUGCGCAAUUUCUCCUACUGUCUCGGGUAUUGCGUGGGUCGACAGGCCUUCAGUAAUCAGAAGAUGGGAUUCGAUGUUUGGGGUCGUGGCGAGGGAGGCCUAGAAGUCUGGGCUGGGGGGACAGAUGGCAGGAUGCGUAUCUGGGAGAAUGCGCAUUUUCAGGAGGGCGAGGUGAGGCCGGUCGAGGUAUUGGAGACGGGCAUGGGGUCGCUGGCUGGUACGCUUGUGCAUCGGACGGGCAGCAUAGCGAUUGCGGCGAGUGGGCACCAGGAGAUAGGCGUUGGGGAGAGGAGAGAGAUGGUCGGGUGUGGAGGUGUGAGACCCAGAUUCAAGGAGAGGGGAUGUUUGAGUAUUUUUGGCUCGGGAGCGGCUGAGGAGACUGAAGGAGAGCCCUGAUCGAUUUCCAUGUACAUACAUUGCGCCAUUAUGGACGGGGAACCAAUUCAGUCGUACAACAAUGCCAGAAAAGGAGAGCGGCUCGAUGAGGAGCAACGGUGCAAGUUUGAUGAGCUGUCCAGUAAAUGCAGGGCAUAGCGCUGUAUUCCAUAACCCUUCAACGUGUGCGGAAGGGCAGAAAAAAGG